UUCUCUAAGUGACGGAGGUACGAAAGCUUGCUGUGUAAAGAGAGGAGGCAGGUGUUCCUCCAGGUAUGCCGUUUCCCUGUACAAUCUAAUAGCAGUCUGAGCUAGACAUAUAGCUAGAGAGAAUGAAGCCAGCAGGGAAACAUCUAGGAGAGCUGUUGGGGGAAAGUAAUAUUGACACAGCCCACAACAGCGCAAGUCUUUCAAAAGCCAACAGGGAUGUCAAGGAAUUGAAAGCAGAGAAUAAGAAACUGAAGCAAGAGUUAGAGGAUGUGAAAUUGCUCUACAGCCAGCUUGUGAAAGAAAACACACAUGAGCAGUUUGAUGAAAGAAGGGUGAAUUUCCUCAAGUCUCAAGUUAUUCAGCUUGAGAGACAGAUGCUGCUGUUAUCAGAGGGUCUGAGCUCCCGUGGCAGCUGCCUCAUGGAUGUAGAUAAUGCACUCGUCCAGCUGGCUGAUACUUGCAGGACAUUCAUUGCCAAAGAUAUCCGUGGCCCAGAAGUACCAGUUCCUAGAGCAGAGCUGACAAGAAUGGUAGAGACAAUAGAGUCUUCCAGAAUAAAACUCUUCAAAAAUACAGAGAAUGUCACCACAGAGAAGCUGGCCAAGCCACUGCUGUUUAUGAGUGAUUUUGUCAAGCACAGUCCCUCUGAACCAGUGACUCUUCUGGAAGUCUGUAGUGGAAAUCUAGAUCAUAUCAACCUUAAACAUGUGGCCAAAUUGGAGUCCAAACUCACUAACCUGUACAAGCAACUUACACGCUUAAAGCACUCUCUGGAUACUACAUUAUCUCUGGAAGCAACUGUGAUACAGUCAGCUAGCCAUCAUUUGUCCUCUGUUGUAUUUGACGAGCUCUCCAACAAUGCCAGAAAGUCGUGUGAUAUGCUCAAAGACUGCUGUCAGGAUCUUCUCAGUUUGUCUGUUGUCAUUCCCAAUGCUCCAUUGCCUCCACUUACCAAGCCUAUCUUGAAAGACAUGACAGUAGACAAUGUUAUAGCAGCUUUACCAAAGUUCCCCAAAGUCAAACAGAAAGAAGGCAGGCAGAUGAUUGGGGCACUUUUGAAGGCUUUCAGUUAUCAUUCACAUAUCCUUGGCUUAGAGACUAAAGCUGUCAAAGAAGAGCUGAAAGUCCACAGGUCACUCUAUCAACUACAAGUCAAUUAUGCUGAGUCAUUGUUCCAAGCUGUAAGAGAAGGUUAUAAAACAUUUGAAGAAAGUACAGAGGAGUUGGUUUGCAAGCCUUUGAAAUCAACACUUGAAGCCUAUGAAGAGCUGAGAGAUACUGCUUCGGAGCAGGCAUUAAAGAACUUUUUGUCUACUUUCAAGUCACAGGCAGAUCAAUUAAGUCAGAUGAUUGAGACAUUGACCCCAAAAGAAAACAGUGCUGGUCAAGAAGCACUUUCCAGUUUUGGUACUCAGUUUAUGGAAUCGCUAGAAAACCACCAAAAGGCUUGCAAAGAAAAAUUGGAUAAACUGAGUGAAGAAGUGGAGAUACUGAAAGAGCAAAAGCGUGUACUUUUGUCACAGGAGCUUGCUGUACUUGGACAAAAUGGGAGUAAAGCAUCUGCGGGAGACCCACCUCAAAAAGAUGAUCAAAUAAAAGAAAUGAAGCAGGGAUGUGGCCUACAGGGAGUAGAGGAUAGACAAAGUCUGCAUGACCCUAAGAAUAAAACCCUAGGUCUAGCACCCGAACAGCAUCUGGAGGAGUUCCAAUAUAAAGGAGACCCACUGGUGGGGAAGGAAAUUGCUGACCAGGAUCUUGCAGACAAUUAUGCAUGUGGAGAAAGCACAUUGCAAUAUAAAUAUGAUAUACCCAAAGAAGGUUUGAUUGCAGAUAACAUGUCACAUUCCACUUCAUCAUCCACUGAUAUGGUUUUUGAUGAAGAAGCAUGUAGCUGUUGUCCCCAAGAAGUCAAAGCAAAUGGCGCUGAGGAAGAAAGAGACCGAAACAUGAAUGCACGUCCCAUUUCAGGUAAAAAAAUAUACCCAAAGUCACCAAGCAGAUUGAGCAAACUCUCCAGUGAAAGAAACCCUUUGGGGUCUCCUACCCCACACCGUGCAGAAGUUACUGGAAAGUCACAUGGUAUUCCACGAUCGGUACCUGGGAUUAAGCCAUCAGGUACCCCGAUGAGAAGACAUGGCAGUUUGACCAAAUUAACUCCCAGUCGCAGUCGAGAAAACUUGCAACAAGGGCAGAGAACAACUGCUGCUGUAACUCCACAAAAACCUACUGGUCUUCCUACAAAGAAACUUACACUAAAAAAGAGUAGUGUGUCAUCCAGUACAGAUAGUCUGUCUAAAGAUGAUCCACAAGACUGCACAGAUGCUCCAUCCAAGAGACCUCCGUCCAGAAUUCCUGGGAUGAGGAAGAGUAUUUCAAACAAUUAGUUAAGUUAUAUCACCACAGUCAAAGUUACCUUUCUCUUUAUCAGUAGUAAAGAUUGUCAGUAAUCUUUCACAAAGGUACUGCCAAAUUGAUAUAUAUAAACAUUCUGAAAAAAAAAUGUGAUUCAUUUGAAGGAUGCAGUCCAAUUUACUUAAUCAGUUGUAACUAUGCAAAGAUAAUGAAGUGAUAUAGACUGGAGGUGCAAUUUCACUUAAACAUAUUUUACAUAAUACGUAAGACUUAAUCAGCAAAGUUAUAUAAUAGCAAUAUUCGAAUUCAUUUUAGAAACCAUGAUCAGCUUUGAUAAAAUCUGAGUUGUUAGUUUGCCUAGCUUCUAGUCUACCUUAAAUGUAAUGCGUUGCAUACACACUGUAAUUUACUAAGGAAAAAGUGGAAGUUUGCACUGUGAGAAAGAGCACAUUCAAAAGAUGUGCUUGGUUAUGCAGAGAUGCUCUCCUAUUUUCAGUUAUUUACAUAGUGCAAAUUAACUGUUGAUUGAAGGACCUUGCAGGUUCAUAACAUAUCGGUGUAUUGUUUGAUCAGGGCAAAAACUUACAAAGCCACAGACAGGUCAAGUUUAUUCAGAUGUGCCAAGUGUUUUUGUACAUAAUGUUAUUGAAUUUAUGAAUGUAAUAUUUUGCUGUGAUAAUAAAAAGUAUCCUUUCAAUUUUUUUUCAAUUUCAAAAAGCUAAUAAAAUUUAUAUGAAGUUACUAAUAAUAUUGAAGAUUAUUCUGUAUUCCAUUUUCGAGUAAAGUUAAUGACACACUUGUUAUUGAAUGUUUAAUAAUGAUAAUCAAAUUUUGGACCUCCAAAAACAAAAUACAAAUCCAAGAUAACCCAAUUGUUAAACAUAGCUUUUUGUAUUUUUUUACAUUUAUUUGCUGUUACAGCUGUUUGAACUUAACAAUUAACCUCCCAAAUAAAGUAUUGGUAGGUUGUAAAGUGAGCACAGCACAUGUACACUAUCUAAUUCAAAUAUAAAUUCUUCACAAACACUCACACCCAGACUUAUUUUCACAAUUUUACAUCCUUAAAAAGGUAGUAUGCAGUAAUCAGGCAAGUUCAUUUUGGUGCACUUAAACUCCUAGUUCACAUUCUCAAUCAAUGUCCUGCCCAUUUAAAGACUUAUUUUAUCAAAAAGCUGCUGUAGUCAAUUAUAAACAUUUCAUUUUACAAGAUAGAAACGUCAAACUGAAGCAGCACAACUUGUGUCAUCUGAAGUAACAAUUGUCUGCAUCAAUUCACGUUUAAUGAUGAACUAGUACCUCAGCUUAUAGAAUACACAUCAAAAGAUUACAUUAAAUAAACUUAAUAGUAAUAACACAUUUCAGAUUCACAUAAAAUAUGCUUCUUUAUAAUUUAAAAAUUACAUUUAUUUUCUGUUUAAUUACUUAGCAAUACCAGAGUUACAACUUCAAAUAGUUCAUAAAUUUUGACCCAUGAUUUUGAACUAUCCAAUCUUACAGGUAAUCACUAUUCACAGUUUGAACAAAUUAUUUCAAGAUCAUGAACAUUUUUGAAUUGAAAACUGCAAGAAUGCAAUCUUCAAAUGACAGUAGUUGUCUUGAACAUAAUCUGCAGGUUACAUCUAGCAUGGGCUUCUUCCAUGUACUAGUAUGUUUAGAAAAACAUGAUUGUACAGUAAUUAGGUCAUUAAAGUUAUCAAUGCUUUAAUACAUUUACAGUUACACUACAUGAUCAGGGCUCUCAGAUACUCCAAUGCCAUACCCUUUAUAUACUAUUUGAAACAUUAAUGGUAUGUGAAAUAUAUGAGAUUAUGGUUUAAACAGAUUGCAAACUUAACAAAAGAAUCUAUUGUAUAAAUACCGAAUUUACACAUAAAACUUAUAUUUGUAUAAUAAUGAGUCCUGAAAUUAUGUAACAUUUAUUUCUGUCACUUAAUCUGAAUAUGCUGAUAUUGUUGUUGGCAAAAUAAAUGUGCCAAUCACAAUUUUCCCAAAACAUACAUUUAGACAAUCUGCACUAAGAGAGUGCUCUUUAACCAUGAUUUUCUGUUUCAUCUGAGUCUGCCACCAAGUACAAAGCAGCAUUAUUUUGAGUGUCACAAAUUCUCAAAGCAAGAAAGCAAGUUGCUAACAUAGUUGUGGAGUUCAGUUGUUUUGAAAAAUAAAGAGGAACAUUUUUCUUCUGAUGAAAAAUUACAGCUGCUUCUUGAGAUAAAACAUUUAUGAGUGGCAAAACUUGUUUAGCAACUUGAACAAAAAAAG